AAGCCCCCCUCAAGAAUUCCAUCACUAGUUUUAACUGCGAGAGAGACUAUUUGAGACAUUGUUUAGCAAGCUUUGGCUCAGACGCCUGUUCACAGAUCUAAUAUGCUCAAACUAUCCACUAUACCACAUAGCCAGGCUCACCUGUGUGCGGUGGUUUGCAGCAGGAAGACGACAUUUCAAGACCCUCAGAAGAAAACAUGUAGUGGUGACCUCCUUGACAAACAUUCUGAUUGGUUCACAGAAAAAAAACAGCCUUUUUCCCCCCCAAAUUUUAAAGACAUCAAGUCAAUCAUUUCUUUCAAAGUAUAGGUAUUAUAAUCCUCCUCACAAAAUGAAGAGCAUUUCACCCAGAAGACUGUCUCUUAGAUCAACUGGAACAUACAGCGUAAGGCCAGGAGAGUUAUGCAGCUCUGUAGAAGAUGCACAUCUGAGAUCUGAUGCAGAUUACUCCACGCAGCAUCCAGUUAAGGUUAUUGUACCCAAUUUGGUAUGAGAUGUCAAAGGAACAGGGAACAAGAAGUCUGAAACCAUCUUGCAGAGCUUCCCCGAUUUCUUUUCCAUUUGGCCAGUCUUGAAUAUUACAAAGGCAGUGGGGACUGCAUGUACUCCUGAAGAGUUCCUAAGGAUUUUCAAAGACAGCAAGAGUGAUCCCAAAUCAAAAGCCAGGUGUAUCUACAGUGUAUCUGUAAUGGAGUGUAUCUUAUUCUCUACUGCAAUGAUGAAAAUAGAAUUCACAGCUAGGGAGGAAUUCACGGAGUUUUGGGAAAUGAGAAACAUUUACUGGAUUUGGUUUCUUAACCAUUAGAGCAAGGACUGGUAUUUUUAGUAGAUGCGUCUAGAUCCUUGUGAGACAAUAACAGUGUAUACAUCUUGUAAUGUAGUGCUUAGGUAAGACUGAUGAGUGGAGAUGUACUGGUAAACAAAGCCACUCUAAUGGUAAGCUAGCACAGCUUCACACAGUGGGCAGUUGCUCUAGUGCAGGGAUAUAAAAAAUGCAGAUAUGCAAUAUGACGAAGAUGCUUUAUGCAUUGAAUUGGACCCAGAUGCCCUGGUUGUCUGAGAAUGCACAGGCACAUUCUGCUGAAAGAAUGCAAUGGAGUUUGGGCCUUUUCAUAUCCCUAAUCCAGCAGCCAGAACCUUCCUGCACCCUCCUUAAACUCAACCCUGCUCCCAACUGCUAAGCUCUUGUGCACCUUCCGGUGAGAGAUGUGUCCCAUACAACUCCCUUCUCAUUAGUGUUUUGCAUCUUCCUGUCAUGGAUCCAAAGGAUUGAUGCUAUAGCCCCAGCUUUGGAACAGUCCUUGGGAGGACCCCUUCAGUGAGCCAGACCCGCUAGGGGUCUCACUCUUCUUCCAGGGGAACCCACAUGGCUUCACCACCUCCCUAAGCCGGACCUCGGGUCCUUCAGCACCCCUGCUUCACAUUGUGAGCUCCGUUCAGCAAGUCCAGCUGAGGCAGACCCCUGAGGGAGACUUGUACAAUCUUAGGGAGCAAGGCACCUCUGCCAGUAUCUGCAGGGACACUCAGCCAGCAUUUUCAAACAGUAGGGUUUAUUAGUCAGCUGGAAUACAGCAUAGGAAGUCCUUGGUUAGCACAGAGAAAAGAAAGUGACAGCAUAGUCCAUCUUGGUCAGCACAGACCUUUUUGUCCUAGUUCAGGUGUGUGCCAGAAACCCUCAGCAGCCAGCCCUUACCUACCAUCCCCGGCACCUCCCCAGCCCUCUGUUCUCCAGAUGGGCAAACAGUGCUGGCCUUCUUGAAGUGAGGUGGGCCAUCCAUGGUUGUUGGUUGCCAGGUAUCAAAGUCCCACUGAGUAGGGUUGCCAUUGUCUCCUCCAAAGCUCCUUUGAUAUGGGGCCCAAACCCUAGACAGCUAGGAGCCAUUCACCCCUGAGUCUCUGAGCCUUUAUGGAAAGUAAACAACCCGUUCUACUCCCUCACUAACACUGAAGCACAUAGGGGAAACUGAGGCUUCAUUAAAAAAAAUACAAAAAUUCCCACUUUCUCACAUUCUUUUAUAGAAAAAGAAAUGAAUUUUAGGGUGCUUCUUGGAAAAAGUCUUGAAAUUAUUUUAGUAAACUCAACUGUUCUCCAUUUCUCAGAACCUGCCAUUUCUAUUUAUUGUAUUGUUUGUGUCCUUCAUAUCAGGUUGUAUAUGUUUGUUUCUCUAUCUACAUACACACAUUCUGCUUUAAAUGAUAUAUUUCCCCUGUACUUUGCUCAUACUGAUUAUUGGUACCAGGUGGCUUCAUGUGCUACUGGGUCAUCUACUGUGUAUGAAUUGGCCAGUUGCUUCAGUGUGCUGCUAUGUAAAAGCAACAGAACUGUAGUGAUCUUAUAUGUGUUUCAAGCCCAAAUAGUUUUUCCCUGAUGAUUUCAUUGGGAAUAUAAAAUGUUAAUAUAGAGGUAUUAAAGAAUCUUAUUUCUCUUCAUCUGAAAAUGAUAGGAACAUGAAUCGUGGUUUAUGAAGCCUCAAACACCUCAUUCUCUAAGAUCACAACUUAAGGAGAAAGAAGAAGAGUUGAAAUACCUUCAGUUUCUUCAAGAAGUUACAAAUGAUAUUUUGAUUAGAAGUUGUUACUGCAAGGAAUACUCUGUGUGUUCUGGUGAGGAGAAAGAAAUCCCUCCCUGGAGCAAUGGAUGAGCAAGAGGUAUCUGGCCCUGACCAGGAAGGGGACAACAAGAAGGGAUACAGCAAGGCGGGUGACAGCCAGGGGCUAUUUCAUACCUAGCCAUGACAUGCACCAAUAUGUUUCCUCCUUGGGUGAAGGGAGAUUAUGGUACAAAUCUGAACUUGAGAGAAGUCAGCAAACAUUGAUUACAGGAGACUUAUCAUUCAGGAGUACACCACAGAAGAAUUUUGCUGCUCCUUUAACACCAAAUCAAAAUCACAGUGGUAACAGCACCCCCCAACCCCCGUGUCUAGUAUGCAAUUGAAUAAAAUGUAAAUUCCUUUGAAAGUACAUGUCAGUCCAGAAAGCAUAAAAGAAAACAAAAGAAUUAAACUUUAGAGUUCAAGAACUGGAAUAUCUGCUACAAGAUCAAGAAAAAGAAAAGAAAUUCCAUAUGAACAAACUUCAAGAAAUUCAGCUCCAGCUGGAGAAAACAAAAUUGGAAUUCACAGAAAAAAGAUUCUGUUUUGCACAAAAUUAGAGAUGAAUUGAAUAGAAUGACAGCACAACAUGAUCAAGGUACUGCCCAGACUGAAAUGAUGGAGCAAAACAUGGAAAGACUACUGAAAUGGCAAAGAGAAGUUGAAAUUAAUCGUCGCUCCUUAGAAGAGAAAAGAAAAGAACGGGAAAAGGAAGUAUUACGUCAGCUCCGUGCCUUACAGACAGUGGCUCAGCAGUGCAAGGAGAUCAAACUCAACGAGGAUUUGCAGCAAGCCAAGAACGAUUACGAUGGUCUACGGGCAGAACUUGACAACGCAAUAGCAGUGAAACACCAUUUGGAAAACAACUCCAAUGAGCUUGCACAGAAGCUGUCCAGAACAGAAGAGGCUUUACUGGCAAGCCGGUCAAAGGAAAAUGAGUUGAGGAGAAACUUUGAGGAAAUGAAGAAGGAAAAAGACCUACUUUGUUGCCAGUCUGAUGAAAAAUCAGAAAAAAUCCAUCAGCUGGAAGAAGCACUAAAAAUAGCCCAGCACCUUCUAAAGGAGACCCAGAAGACUGCUGAAGAGAUGAAAAAUAAGAGUUUGUCUCAGAAAAUAGAACUGGAAGCACAAGAAGCCGAGCUUCAGCAUUUAAAAAGCAACAAUAAAUUGCUCCAGGAUUCAAUCCAGGAGCUUCAACUUGAAAAUGGAACCCUUAAGAAUCUGAACAAGGCUUUAGAAGAAGAAAAAUUGGACAAUCUGAAGUCUACAAUUCAACUAAAGAAGCAAAAUGGAUUUGCUUGCAGUGAAAAGAAGACGUGGAUGAAAUCCUGGGUUGCUGAUAUUCCUAUUGUGAAAACCGACCCUUACAUUUUGUGCAGAACAACUCUAAACCUAAGGACCAGUCCCCGUCUUGCUGCCCAAAGCCAAAAAUUGUCACCAUGUUCCCAACUUUUACGAAAAGGCAGGUCAGAUAAUCUUGGGGAGAUCUGUAAACCGACAGCUGGUGGCAGCAAAUCACAAAAGGUAGAUGAUGCUCAACAGUGCCAAGCAGAAACAGCUAUUGAACCCAUGGAAUCUAGUUCAAGAUCUCUUUGCAUAAAUGAGCAACCCACAAAACCUGUUGCUCAGACCUCUAGGGAGAAUCUUAACACUCACAAACGCAGAUGUUCCUUGAGCACACAAACAUCACCUGAGCAAAAUGAAGAAGGCAAAAUCUGUAUAAUACUGUAAAUCUGAGUAGUAUAAGGGCCCUACUGUCAAUAAAACCCUAACCCUGCCUCUUGACCCCUUAACCCUGCCCCUUGACCCCUUAAAUCCCACCCACCUGUCACAGGAAGUCCCGCCCCAGGGGGUGUUACUUCCGGGGUCAAGAUGGCCACAUGAUCCGCAGCAAGGUGUGUCAUGUGACCCUCC